CAGCAUUAGUGAAAAAUCUUCCGAUCAUCGGUUUCUUCAUGUUGAAAUUACAUAAAAUUUGAUUAAAUUAGUCGAUUUUUGUAGUGAUUCGGUAACCAAUUGUAGCGUCCCAUGUGUAUCAUAUUUUCGGGAUGUCGUGCGAAGUGAAAUUACUUGCGAAUGUGGACGAUUUACGCGAGGUGCAGGAGCAGUUUGGACUGAGUUCAGAAGAAAACUGGCUCAACGCGGUCUCCUACUCCUUAUCGCCAGCCGGUGACAUCCUCGCGUUCGGCCACGGUUCCAUUCUUGUAAUUUUGACCUCCAAAUGGGAUCGCCAGCGUCAGUUAAAUGUGUACAAAAUCGCUUGGAAGGGUGCAAUCGAUGAUCCGAACUGUUUGAUAACUAGUGUACUCUGUACGCCCUUGGUUGGUCAAGGUAGCUCUCAAACCAGUGUGGAUUAUAGUUAUAUCAUAGUGGGUCUAGAUAGUGGUCAAGUAUUGUUCUACGGGGAAAAUGGUACGUUGGUCCAUUCUCAGUUGUUCCACCAGGAACCAGUGCAGGCGAUUAAAGCGCAAAGUGGCAAACAUAUCAAUGAAGAAGUUUACGUGUUUCAUGGGUCCUGUGUUGUGAUGAUUCAAGGUUCUCAGUUGUUUCCGUUACUGAGAAGCCUGAAACAACAGAUCAGUCGGUACGGACCUGGAAGUGCGCGAGUGAACGAAGCGCAGGAAGGAAUUGCCUGUCGAAAGUGGAACUACGGAAAGAACAUAACGGUACAGGACGCAGCAGUUGUUGGACCGCAGAAAACCUGUACCUUUGAUCAUCUUUUGACGGCCAGUGUUGAGGGUGGUUUCUUCGCUAAGUACCGUCAUGCACCACCGCAGAAUUCGCUGAUCGUUGCGGCAGGUACAAAGCCGUACGUUGGCUUCCACUAUGCGAAGGAGGGUUUCGCGCAACCGGUGCUGGCGGAUGUGGCGCGAGCGGUUGCUAGCAAAAUCAAGUCGGCGUUGCCAUCGUGGUUCGGCGGAUCAUCGACCCCGCAAGCCCCAGCAGAACCACAACUACCCCCUUCGGAACCACUGGUGUGCCGAUUCGGACUGUGCGAUCUGCAACGUACGGCCUACUCCGUGUGGGUCGCACCAAAUUUCAUCCUCGCAGCCGUAGCCGACAAUCUGGGACGGGUGAUUCUGGUCGAUUGCACCAAAGGAAUCGCACUGCGCAUCUGGAAGGGCUACCGCGAUGCUCAGUGUGGUUUCGUUGAAGUGACCGAAAAAUUGGCGAAGGAUUCGGGCACGACGACGACGACGAAGCAGGAUCGACGGAAGGCAAUGUUUCUGGUGAUCUAUGCACCCCGGAGGUCCAUGCUGGAAGUUUGGUCACUGCAGAAUGGACCGAAGGUGGCGGCAUUUGCUGCCGCAAAGAACGGACAGUUGAUCUACAAUACGCAUAGUUUUAUGGGGGUCAGUUCGGGAAACAGCAAGGUGAAGUACGGCGGACAGGGUUGUACGUUUUUUGAUCCGAGUGAUUUUUCGCUGAAGGAGAUUAGUAUACCGUUUCAUUGUGCGCUAAGCGAUUCCAAGUCGAAGACGGCGAAAGAUUUGCAUUUAUUGAAGAGACUGAAGAUUUGUUUGAAAUCUGGUGAUGGAAGUGAGUUGGAAGAGCAGCAGGAAGAGAUCGAGAUGUUUAGGAGUUUCGAGACGGAUGAGAUUAAGUUGCAGUGCGUGGAGAUGUUGGCCAAGCAUCGGAAGAUUAGGGCAAGGUUGUUUCUUAGAGCAGUUGAAAUAUUCGGAGGUUUUGAUGAGGAAGUGGAAACGUUAGUGUCGGAAGAAGAACACCGAGUAAGUCACUUGAGGUCAGUGUGUGAAAAUUAUAGGAAAUUAACAAUGUUUUACCUAUUCCUGACUGGUGAGAGGGAUGUUAGUGAACCGGAAAUUGCAUGUGAAAAAUCCGUGCCAUCGGAGGAAACAACUGAAUCCGGUGAAGGCGAAGAAAGGAAAGAUAGUGAAGAGAUCAGUCUGAAAAACUCUGCGGUAGACACAGCCGAAGAGGUAGUCAAAUUAUCCGAACUGGAACUGGCCUCGAUCGAGAAACUGUUAGCAAUGAACGGAUCGCUCGAAGGACCAGUACCAACGCGAGUUACUUUUGAGGAUUCCACAGCCAAAAGCAAUACGUUCCAAGAAUAUCUGUCAUAUUUUAAUGUUUCUAAUGAAGGCCUUAUUUUGCUCAAAGAAAACUCCACUAGUCUGUACAGUUCACUGGGGAAGAUCAUCUUCGAAGAAGUGUAUCAAAGCAGUCAAGCACGGCUGGCUGGAUUUGUUUUAGCUGCUUCCGCGUCCGAAAUCAUUCAUGAAGAUUUGUUGAAACUAUUUCUAGCAUUUUGGUUGCGACUUCCGUUCGCCUACCGUGACAUUGCCGAGUUAGUCGAAGGUUUGAACAAAUUCAACCAAGUUCUGCGAAGAAUUUGUCAACUGGCGAAGGAUAAGAUAAGGUACGAAAAUAACACAAUCUGUCUCUGGUGGCAAAAUGCCCGAGAAUAUUUGUUGGAGUCUCCGUGUGCUCUUCGGGGCCUUUUGGCGGCGAUUAUGUGUCGCAACGAAGCGCUGAAAUAUGAAGAGAGUAGCGACGAAGAAGAUUAUCAGUUCGAAGAAGUUUCUCAGGAGGCUUGCCAGUGGACCCUGCUGAUAGGAGAGCUGGACGAUGUUGCUGUCCUGGGAACGAUACUUUCCGAGUGCCUAAAGUGUUCAAACGUCAUAUACCCAUGUUUAAAGUAUCAAAAACCGGAUGUCAGUCUAAAGGAGAUAUUAAAAGGUGGUCAGGGAAUUGUUGCCGAAAUGGUUGCGAAGUGGGUCGCCGCUAGUGGAAUCGAUCCGGAGAAGUUGGUGAUCGAAAUUCCCGACGAAGCUGUCGAAAACGAACAAGCUGGAGUUCAGGAACCUGCUGCCAGUGAAAGAAAAGAACGAAAACGUCUUCAGAUGAUCAAACAGGACUUGUUGCAGACUAGCGAGUACGGCGGAAGCAUUGAAUCCGAAUUGGAUCCGUUGCUGUACAAUUUGAGCAUUCUUCGACGACAUUUCCCGUUCAGUUUGGACAGUGGCACACUUCUCUGUCACCUAGCAUGGGAAUACAUUUGCGACUGGAGUAAAAACAUGGCAAACAUCAGCUGCCUGUCGGCUGGUCUGGCCUGCCUCAAGGCCGUACCGCGACUCCAGCACUCUAUGAAGCAUGGUCUGUGUUGUAUGAUUUGGAACGCCCACCUAAAAAUUCCACUAGAAGCAACGAGAAAGCUCGUCAACAAAGUCGGUCGUCUGCCGAAGGAAAAACUGUGUCUCCAAGACAUUGGAAUAUCCGAUGCUUUGGUUCCGCAGUUUCUUGAAAACUGUCUCGAGUUCCUCGACCAUUUUUCCCAAUCGAUUGACCACGACAAGCUGGAGCUACGCUUCGAGGAACUACUUCAGGAUGGACCUAUCCCUCUGACAGCGCUGGCAAUCCAACAGAAUGCCGCCAAUAUGGCCCUUCUAAAACUACAUCACGAGUUGGCUACUGUACUGCUAAUUCUCACCUCGUUCAACGUAAAGUACCAGAAACCGAUUCAGCAGUUCUUCGACGGAAUGGCUAACCAGUCCUUUUUUGCUGAAAUCAACCGACAGCUACCGUACACAUUGCCGAAGGCCGAUCUGCUCCUGAAGCGGGCCCGGUUUGAGUUUCUGUGCAAAACCAUAACCGCAUCGAUGGACCUGAUCCGGGAGGAUUUGGAGAAUGUGUUCUACACCGAGCAUAUCGCCUGGAUGGAACGGAUCGAGCAGCUGUCCGAGGUGUGGGAGAUUAGUACGACGGAGCUGAAAAAACAUCAGAUUGUGGAACUGUACUCCCACGGAUGGGACACGUACGCCGAAGAGCUACUGGAGAACAUCGUUCCGGAUCAGGCUCUCGGGAAUUUGCUGCUCGCAAUCGCCGGUCGCCGGUUGGCCAUUUACACCAAGGCCAACCCUCGCGUGUGGAGUCAAGUGGCAGCCGUCGGUCCCCUGCUGACUGACUACCUGGAUACCCUCAUCUCGUCGGAAAAUCAUGGCCCACAGUUGCGAUUUGCUGAAGGUAACGAUGCUGCCAACGCAUCUGGAGAGAUUUCCAUUGGCAAGCUGUCGAAACUGGUGGAAAAAGCAUUUCGCUGUCUGACCUCUUCUUCUACAGCGGCGGCAACGAUGACAACGGCGACAGCGAUGACGGCGGGAACGGCCGCACCACCCACUGCAUCAUCGAACCGAAACAGUAGCUCAAAUAAAACCAAAGAACUCCGGAUAGCUGGUCUGCUGUUCGAUGCCUGUGCCACCAUUAAAGAGCUGAGUACAGGCAACGAAAGCAGCAACGGCAACAGCAGCAAUAUGAAACGUACCAAUAAUAGGGAGGAUUUCGAAACCACACCCAACCAGAAGAAGACGAAAUUAAGCUUAGCUUAAAGUUUCACUAACUAAAUACAGACGUUGCUAGAUGCAUAGCAUGCUUUGCAGAUCAGGCACAUCAAGAAUUGAAUAUAUGUACAUGUAUUAUCCUGUUA